GCAUCCUACCAAAUUUCGAGAAAUUAAAAAAAAAGAAAAAGAAACAGAGCUUUUCUUCCUUUCCAGUUUUGUAACGGGUGUCUCCUCCGUCGCUCACACUAUUCCUCUUUCCCUAUUAUUUUAAAGCUCCCCCCGAUUUAAAAUCCCGCUUAGUUUCUCACCGUUACAAGCAAAGCCAAAACCUCCUCCUCCUUCUCUUUUUGUCACUAUUCGAAACCCCAAUCUCAGUCUACACUGACAGCUAAACGACGCCGUCCAUGGCGGAACCGACGUCGUCGGAGCAGAUAGUCUAUCUGCACGGCGACCUGGACCUUCAAAUCAUCGAGGCGCGCUACCUGCCCAACAUGGACAUCGUCUCCGAGCGCCUCCGCCGCUGCUUCACCGCCUGCGACACCGUCAACUGCACCGGCUCCCGCUCCGACAAUCCAGAUGCCGGCCACGGAGCCGAGGACCGCAAGAAGCUCCACCACCGCAAAAUCAUCACCAGCGACUCUUACGUCAGCGUCGUUGUGCCCCAGGCCACGGUAGCGCGUACGCGCGUCAUCAAGAACUCGCAGAAUCCUCUGUGGAAAGAGUCCUUUUCCAUCCCGCUCGCGCAUCCCGCGGCUAAGCUUGAGUUUCAGGUCAAAGAUAACGACCUCUUCGGCGCUGAGCUUAUCGGCACCGCCUCCAUCCCCGCCGUCGAAAUCGCCGCCGGAAAUGAAAUUUCCGGCUGGUAUGAGAUUAUCGGACCCACCGGAAAGCCUCCGAAGCCUGAUUGCGCUAUCAAGGUCAAGUUGAAGUUCACGCCCUUCGAGAUAAACCCGGUCUACAGGCACGGCAUCGCCGGCGAUCCAGAACGGAAGGGAGUCCCCAAGACCUACUUUCCUAUGAGGAAGGGAAGUCACGUGAGGCUGUACCAGGACGCGCACGUGCCGGAGGGGAUGCUGCCGCAGAUUGAAUUGGACGGAAGGAAGGUUUAUAAGCCUGAGAAUUGCUGGGAGGACAUUUGCUAUGCGAUUUCGGAGGCUCACCAUAUGAUCUAUGUGGUGGGAUGGUCUGUGUUUCACAAAGUGAGGCUGGUUAGGGAGCCGAGCAGGAAGUUGCCACGCGGCGGCGAGUUGACGCUCGGAGAGUUGCUCAAGUAUAAAUCGGAAGAAGGCGUACGGGUUUUGUUGCUGGUCUGGGAUGAUAAGACCUCCCACGACAAGUUCUUCUUCAAAUCGGCGGGAAUGAUGCAAACUCAUGAUGAAGAAACCCGGAAGUUUUUCAAGCAUUCGUCUGUCACUUGUGUUCUGGCCCCUCGCUAUGGCAGUAGUAAGCUUAGCAUUAUGAAACAACAGGUUGUUGGAACCCUCUUCACACACCAUCAAAAAUGUGUUAUUGUGGACACACAAGCAUCUGGUAAUAACCGCAAGAUAACUACAUUUUUAGGAGGUCUUGAUCUCUGUGAUGGUCGUUAUGACACACCUGAGCACAGAUUGUUUCGGGAUCUCGACACUGUGUUUAAAGAAGAUUUUCAUCAACCUACGUUUCCUGCUGGGACCAAGGCUCCAAGGCAACCAUGGCAUGACUUGCACUGUAGAAUUGACGGGCCUGCUGCAUAUGAUGUUCUUAUAAACUUUGAGCAACGGUGGAGGAGAGCAACACAGUGGAGGGAGUUUGGACUGCGUAAAAAGGUUUCGCAUUGGCAUGAUGAUGCUUUAAUUAAGAUAGACCGUAUUUCAUGGAUACUUAGUCCUAAGAUGUCUCAUUCAAAGGAUGUUACAAUUGUUCCUGAAGAUGACCCAGCUUUAUGGGUUCAGAGAGAAGAUGAUCCCGAAGAUUGGCAUGUUCAGAUUUUCAGGUCUAUUGACUCGGGAUCACUGAAAGGAUUUCCCAAAGAUGUCAUUCAGGCUCAGUCAAAGAACCUUAUUUGCUCAAAGGAUCUAGUAAUAGAUAAAAGCAUCCAGAAAGCAUACAUCAAUGCAAUCAGAUCUGCCCAACAUUUCAUAUAUAUUGAAAAUCAGUAUUUUCUUGGUUCAUCAUAUGCAUGGCCAGAUUAUAAAAAUGCAGGAGCUGACAAUCUUAUCCCAAUGGAGUUGGCACUAAAGAUUGCCAGCAAAAUUAGAGCUAAUGAGAGAUUUGCAGUGUAUAUAGUUCUACCUAUGUGGCCUGAAGGUGAUCCGAAAACUGGUGCAAUGCAAGAAAUUCUCUACUGGCAGAGCCAAACAAUGCAAAUGAUGUAUGGUGUUGUUGCACGGGAAUUGAGGGCCCUGCAGCUUCAAGACUUACAUCCUCAAGAUUUCCUCAAUUUCUAUUGCCUUGGUAAUCGGGAAAAACUUUCUGAGGAAACAUCAAACAACAAUGGUGCUACGAUCUCCGAUGCAUACAAGUACCAGCGCUUUAUGAUUUAUGUUCAUGCCAAGGGUAUGAUAGUAGAUGACGAGUACGUUAUAGUGGGAUCUGCCAAUAUCAACCAAAGAUCAAUGGCCGGUACAAAAGACACUGAGAUAGCUAUGGGUGCGUAUCAACCCCAUCACAGUUGGUCUGAGAAGAAGAGACAUCCAUGUGGUCAGAUAUAUGGGUAUCGAAUGUCGCUCUGGGCUGAGCAUCUUGGUAAGUCGGACCCAUGCUUCAAAGAGGCAGAGAGUUUGGAAUGUGUGAGGAAUGUGAAUGGCAUUGCCGAAGAAAACUGGAGGAGAUACACAUCGCCGGAUUUCACAGAACUGCAGGGUCACCUUCUCAGGUAUCCGUUGCAGGUAGAUGGUGAUGGUAACGUGCGACCCCGGCCAGGAUAUGAAAAUUUCCCUGAUGUUGGUGGCAAAGUUAUUGGAGCUCAUUCUGCCACACUUCCUGAUCAAUUGACAACAUAACACAUCUGUAUUCUUUUAUGUUCUGAACAGGAUUGUUCAAAUACUGUUCUAGUAAUAGGUGUUAUUAGCCCCUGGAGUUUUACCAGAUCAAACUAGUUGGUUGUUCCUUUCUUGCGAAUAUUAGGACCUCCUACUGUGGUUGGAUGUGUACAUUUUGUGAAUGUGUAUACGGUGAACGGUUAGUGGCAUGUCGCCCGGACACCGGGGGGAUAUGGCAUAUUGUGAAUUGAGUUUUUCUUUUCCCA